AUGAGGCUUACCAUCAUUGCGCUUUAUAUCGCUCCCAUCUUUCAGACGGUAGCAGCAUUCACCCCAGAAUCUCUGCCAGGUGCUGUGGCACCUUUGGGCUUCUUUGAUCCCCUUGGUUUUGCCGCAAAGGCUGAUGCAAACACUCUCAAAAGAUACAGAGAAGCAGAGAUAACCCAUGGGCGGGUGGCAAUGCUUGUCAGUGUGGGUUUUCUGGUUGGAGAACAAGUGGAGGGAUCUUCAUUUCUCUUUGAUGCUUCUGUGAGCGGGCCAGCCAUCACACAUCUGGAACAAACACCUACACCAUUUUGGACUGCAUUGGUCAUUGCAAUCACCAAUGCUGAGCUGUACAGAGCAAGAAGAGGAUGGGUUGAACCAGUUGAUGUACCAGCGGACCAACCUGGCCUCCUUCGAGAAGACUAUAUACCUGGAGAUCUUGCGUGGGAUCCUCUCGGAUUGAAGCCAACAGAACCAGUGGAAUUUGAAAUGAUGCAGACUAAAGAACUUCAGAACGGCAGGUUGGCAAUGCUUGCUGCUGCAGGAUUCAUGGCUCAGGAACUGGUUGAUGGCAAGGGAAUCAUUGAACAUCUGCAAUCUGCAUAA